UCUACUUCGGGGCUAUUGUAUUCUUCCCAGAAGGAAUAGGAGUCUGCCAUGCGCUAAUACAGAGGGUUUGUGAAGACAUUUUCAGCAGGUGACUGUCCUCUGAGUUCACCCCCCCUUCCAGGAUGAACGGCUACGCCCCACCCUCCUUCCCCCAGGGAGGGUUCGACUCAUACACCUCACAACUCAAUGGUCAUGGUUCCCAGUCCACAGAGCCUCCAGAUUGCAACGCCAGGUCCAACACCAAGUCCGUCUCUAAAGCCCUUUACGGAACAGAUGGAAUAUACUUCCUACACACGUCAGCCAAACAUAAAAAGAAAGAACAACGGAAGAACUACACCAAAAACAGCAUCAACAGCAUGACGAACACCUCGCAGUACCAUGUUGAGCACCUGACCACAUUUGUUCUGGACAGGAAGGAAGCCAUGAUCAACACUGAGGAUGGAAUCAGGAAGCUCCGCCUGCUGGAUGCCAAGGGGAAGGUAUGGACCCAGGACAUGUUGCUGCAGGUGGAGGAGAAGACAGUCAGCCUCAUCGACCCAGAGACCAAGAAUGAGUUGGAGAACUUUCCCUUGGGGACCAUCAUGCACUGCCAGGCAGUGAUGUCAUCCUGCAACUACGACUCCAUCUUGGCUCUGGUGUGUAAGGAGCCGGGCCAGGGCAAACCAGACCUGCACCUGUUCCAAUGUGACGACAUCAAGGCCAACCUGAUCCAGGCUGAUAUAGAGGGGGCCAUGAUGGAUCAGAAGGGAGGCAAGGUGAAGAAGAGGCCUGAAACACUACGGUACAACACCUCUAACUACCUGUCGUCUCUGACUGGACUCUGUACUGUAGUAGAGACUAGAAACACUAGGUUAAAACACCUCUAA